AUGGCCCCGAGUUCCUUGUCCGACACAAUCGCCUCUUCGGCCAAGGUUGGCGUGGCUUGUGGAGCCGUUGGCUUUCUCUUUGGUGGCACCGCUGGAAUUGUCAAAGGCGUCCCUCCAGUCCUCUUCGGUGGGGUGUCAGCAUUGCAAUCAUUCGCCCUAGGCGCAACCUACUGGAGCUGUCGCAGCACCAUUCUCCACGCAUGGACUCCUCAGCACCAGACUCCGUCGGAUCUGAUCAUAGCCAGCUCCAUCUCCGGCGGCAUCACAGGAGGCGCAGUGGGCUUGCUCACGCGCGGCCGAUCACAUGCCAUUCCAGGCGCAGUCAUGUUUACUCUGUUCGGUUUCCUGGGCCAAAUUGGAUACAAUGCUUUCACUGUUGAGCGUGUCGCCGAUGUCAAGACUGGCCCGGGCUUCUGGAAACGAAUGAGCGAGAAGAGCUUCAGUCCGGUGAAGAUCAUGUCGGAUCAGGAGUAUGCCGACAUGCUCAACGACAAGAUUCUCAAGCUGGAUGUGGAGAUUGCUAUUCUUGAUGAUAGGAUAGCCGCGUUGCGAAAGGAGCAGCAGGAUGAUUCUGACCAGAAGCCAUCGGUUGGAGCAGAGAAAUGA